GUAUAUUUGUAAUUUGUAGAUACCAUGCUGUUCCAGUAUUUUGUGGAUGUUGUACCAACAGAAGUGAACACGUUCUUGAGUCGACUCACUACUUACCAGUACUCAGUGAAGGAUCAUGAACGUCACAUUGAUCAUCACAAGGGAUCUCAUGGUAUACCAGGAAUAUUUUUCAAGUAUGACAUGAGUGCCCUUAAAGUGCAGGUGACACAGGAAAGAGAUUCUCCAAUCCAAUUCAUUGUCAGGCUUUGUGCCACUAUCUCAGGAAUAUGUGUUAUAUCAGGUUUUGUCAACAGUUUUGUGCAGUUUGUGAUAAAUGUACUAAAGUGUAAGUACAUUAAGAAACCCCAACACAAUGUUAGGAUGGAGAAACUCCAGAUUACUGCUGAGUCGUUAACACAUGCUUCAGUUUCCCUGCUGCAUCAGAAUGAACCCCCAACAAACAUUCAGCCAGUGGAUUUAACAGCGUCAGUUCUGAAGUCACCAGAUAUUAUAACAAGUCAUACCUUGCAUACCUAAUGUUUGUGUGUGGGUGUAUUUAAUCAUAGUUUAAAUUAAAUAGUCCUGUGAAAGUAAUUUCUGAUUACUGCAAGAUGACACAACAGUGUAGUCUCAUAGGUGGCUACAAUGUUUAGAAGGAACAUACUGCCUGUAUAUUCUACUUUGAAGAUGGAGGGUACAGGUUCCCCUGGAACUUUGGUAACCACCUAUGAGGCCUUCUGCUUACAUUUUCAUGUUGGUUUAUUAAAGCAGUGGGUGCCCCUGG